UAUAGAAGAUGAAGUGUUUUUCACGGACAGUUUUCCACUUCACAAUCCUAAUGGAAAAGGUGGUAAAGCAAUGAUUCCAAAAAGCAUUCCAGCUUCACCAGAAACUGCCCAUAGCUUAGCGGCAUCGCGUUAUAAACGUGAUCAAAUGAAUUAUUCACAAAAACGAAAUAAAUCUAUAAAUAAAAAAGAAGUUGUCUCCAGAAAUAACUGUGAUAUUAUUAGAAAUCCUUUAGAGGUUAAAAAUGCGGAUACGGUAAAACUUGAAGACAAUGAAGGGAGCAAUUUGUGUCAGUCAAAUAAUUCCAGUUUCCAAGGGUCGUUUCUUCAGGAUUAUGUAAAGCACUGGUCAGAUGAUCCGUUUGUUCUAAAUACAUGUUUUGAGAGUUAUCCUGAUGGAAGUGAGUUUGCAGGACAUGAGUUUGAGUCUUUAAACUUCAACAGAGACUACACAAGAAGUCCUUCCGGAGAUUUACAUUUUCAGCCAAUAUUUCCUGGUGAAGAAAUCCAAGACAGCAAUAUGGCAGAAAUGGUUGUUACGGAAACAUUCCCUGGAAUGUAUGAACAUGUGACGAAGAUGGGAAGAGUGGGCAAGAAUCACCGAGAUUUACACUCAGCUGGUCCGCAAUUCCGGAAACUACCAUUCCAAGACCAAACCUUUCCAAUGACACAGACUUCGACUCCAGUGUCCACACCAACUCCUAGAAAAAGUGAGCCAGUGAUCAUAAAAUUUGAUGAAGAAGAUGACCUCUUUAAGUUUCCGGAAAUUGCUACAUCUCAAAGAAGCAGACCUCAAGCUGAUAUCACACCAUUUGUAAGCAAGAGAUUGUGGAUCUUGGUGACAUAUUUGUUACUCUGUGAUGAUCCUAGAGAAAAUGUUUGUGUAAAAAUAUUCUGUCCUCCACAGCUGUUUCAAAUAGAAGUGGGGAAGUUGUCAAAUGCUGGAGGAAAAACAGACAAGUACCAACCAAUUGCAAUGACCUGA